AUGGCGGCAGCAGCUGGCUUCAGCACAAUGAUGUCUGACUCUCGCCUUUGGCCAGGAAAUUCGCCCGCAGCAGUCUCCUCAGUCUCUCGGUGCUUGACAACCUAUGGAGCCUCCGCGCCUCCUUGGGGUGCUCCCACUAAUUACUUCACGAGCACCUCGUACGCGUACAGGACCAAAACGGAAGUCUUGACACCAAAGCCAUUCACUACGAGCGUCUCAGCUACAUCCACAUACACGGAAAUCGAAACCGCACCUAACAACUUGACCAAGACAAUCUAUACUGAUACGUACACUUGGACCAAUUACAUCACAACCACCGAAGUUGUUUCUUCGACCUCCACCAUCACAACGUCCGUGCUUUCAACAACCAUCGUGCCUACACCAUACGGAUUCACCCCAGUUGCGGCUAUUCAUCCAGAGGCCACACAGCACGUGGACGAUUGGGCUGAUCGGGAGAACUGGAGCGUCGAAGAUACCUACUGGCAGGACGAGGGAUCCGAGCCAUGGGCCAUUCCCCUCGAUCUUUCACAGCCCAAACUUUUCGAUAGCCUAGAGGCUGCACCCAUUGGUGGUGAAGCUCAGAGCAGUGCAGGGUAUACCAAACCUUCUGAUCAAGUCUCAAAAGUCGAUUGCUUAGUCACCAUGGUCAACAUCUACGACUCAGGCACCUCUACCUCUAAAUCCUACGUAGUACCCUCAACAUACACUCGCACAAAGUACGUGACGACCGAAACCACUACAACAACCGUGACUACCAAGAUCUCGCCCACAGAGUCUGCAUACACCUUCUCGAUGGCCUCCGGUCUGGAAAUCCGCUCAUUGUACACCGAGACAAGCACCAACACCGAAACCACCACAACCACUGAAUACCCAUCAUCAACGACCUCAGUCUACGCCGCAUGCGCCACAGACAACGUCGUAAACUCCUACAACGACUACCCGCUGUACAGGCUCGCAGACGACUGGUACAGCAAGAACCUGACCAUCAUCCGCUCUGACUGGAGCGAGAUCACCAACGCAACGGCCUGCUGUGGCGUCGCUGCCACAGAGCCUAAUGCUAUCUUCUUCAAGUACGAUGGUCAGUGUGAAGUGUUCCUGGCUGAGGAUGUGGGCUAUGGGCACAAUGCGAGUGAGAAAAUCGAUGUCGAGAUGUUGUACGAGCCCAGGGAGAACGGAUGGUGGGGCCCUACUGUUGGAAACGGGCCGCGGGGAAGUAUCAGCUUCUCCUCUCUGUGGUUGUGA